AUUCCAUACCAAAAUUCAAUUAGCAUAUUAAGUUUUAUUUUAUAGCAUCGUUCAAAACGAGAUUCGCUUUAAACAGCCUUAAAAAAUCAUUUCGAAAUUAACCAAAUUUUAAGUUUGCAAACAAUUUUUUCAUUUAUUUCCGCAAUAUGAGUACACCGAAUCCAAAAGCCCAAUCUCAGUGCGCUGGUAAAAAUUCUCUGGCUGCCGAAGAAGAGUUUUCAGAACUUACCAAAAAUGAAAUUGUGUAUUGGUGCCGAAAAUUGGCCAUAAAACCCUCAGAACUGUUUACAAUGCCCAAAGAUGAGUUGGAACAACGUUUAGAAGAAAUACAAAAACAACAGCAGUUGGAUGAGCAGGGACGUCAGCGCUACUAUGAACGUUGGGAAAAGAUGUCUCAAAUGAAAGAUAAGCUGCUUGAAAAGCAAUCACUUGAACGUAUGAGGGGAGGAGCUGCUCGUACAAUAUGGGAUAUUUUAGCGGAUGCUGCCGCUCAAAUUGAAGAAGUGUAUGGGGAUGCCAGUUAUUACAACCAAUCGGGUCAGGAGACUUUGGCAUCUUAUGGAUACGAGGAUCCCACCAUGGAAUCCACAACCUAUGAUACUUAUAACUCUUCGAGAUCUUGUCCAUUUCCCACCGAUAUGACUUAUACUAUAAGCGAGGGUGAGCCGACGAUGGAAAGUACAUUCGAAGAUUCAUUUCAAAUUGAUCCCAAUUUGGCUUCCACACCUCAAGUUCCCCAUGGUGCACGCAAACUACCGACCAACAAUACUUUUGCUAUACCCACCACAAAGAAUGCGAAUGCAAAUGCAACUUUUGAAGCUGCCAGGGGAAGUCCGGGAAAAGCCACAACCAGGAAAUAUCCCAUGGAUGCCACCUUCGAUGUUGGGGCCAGUACGAGCUACAAUAGGCGUCAAUGUCCUCGCAAUGAUACCUAUAACAUACCUUCUCCCAUAUAUUUGGAUGAAUCCAGUGGCUGGUCACCUCAAUCUCUGGCCUAUGUGGAUGAAUCUUAUGCCAACCAAUCAAGUUUUACUCCCCGCAUACCAGACCAGAAAUCAACUCUCAAUCAGUCAACUAAUUUAUAUUCAUUACGUAAUUUCACAGACUACUCAAUUAAAUUUGGACCGCAGGGUACCGAAGAGACAGCCAAUAGCAUAACAGUGGAGAACUAUGAUGAAAACUCAGGGGUGAUAAAGGCCUCGUCUGAAAGCCAUCGCCUGCCACCAUCAACUGAGGCAGGGAAUUUAACUUUUGAUAUAUCGAAAUUAGCGGCUCAAUAUGGGGCCCGUAGUCCUACCAGAAGUCCAGCCCAGUCAUUGAAUAAGUCAAAAAAAUUAAAUGUUGAAGUGCCAUUACAGACAACGCAACAAAGUGCUCGUAGUCCAAGAAAUGUAACUUCUGAAGUACCCACAACGUAUGCAGAUCCUAGAAAUCUAACCUACAAUAUAGCUACCACAUCUAAGCAACGUAGUGCUCGUAGUACAAGACAAUGUCCCGCUCCAACUCCAGUUGCCACUACGACUUCUGAAAUGCCUGUUGACCAAACUCCGGCACGUACUCCUCCCAAUCCUAGGCGUUAUAUACCAAGAAAGAUAUCUGAUAAUUUUGAAGAAGAGUGAUAUACUCAUAUAACGAAAAACUCAUUGCACACAAGGAAAAUUGGGAAGUUCCUUGCGAUGCCGAAAUUAAAUGCCAUCUAAAAUAGCUGAUAUUCUUAUUGUCUGACCACUGCAAGUGGCCUUUUUCAAAUCCAUGAUUAUCUUUUCACACCGACCAAAUUUUAUAAAAAUGUCUAGAAAAAUGUUGUAGGGAAAAAUAUUUUUUAUCACUGAAAUAAAUUAGCAAUGAUACUUAGAUUACAUAGGGAAUCCCCUUUGUAUUCUAAGCUUAAAUACCAUA